AUGCCCGAAAUCUACACUGACAUCUCACAGCCUCUCCCACCUCAUAUCAUCCGAGGUGUGGAUAUUGCAAGUGUCCAGGAGGGCAGCACGUGGAUAGGCAGUCUGACGCUGGGUGACCUGACUUACACCAACUUCCGGGAGAUGGACCUGUACACGCGCUACUUCACGUCGCUCUAUUGGUCCGUCAUCACCAUGGCCACCAUCGGGUAUGGAGACGUGCAUCCAGUGAACGCACGUGAGAUGGUGUUUGCCAUGGCUUACAUCUCCUUUGACCUUGUCCUCUCCGCCUACCUCGUUGGCAACAUCACGGCGAUGGUGGUGAAGGGGUCCAACACAACGCGGUACCGUGAGAAGAUGUCGGCGCUGAUCAAGUACAUGAACCGCAACCACCUGCCACACUCCCUCCAGCAGCAGAUGAGGCAGCAUGUGCGGCUGCAGUUUGAAACAGAGCAGGUGGAGGACGAGGUGAUGGAGGAGUUUCCUCUCAGCAUUCGUCACAAGGUGGCGCGCGCCCUCUACCAAAGAGCCGUUGAGGCCUGCUACCUCUUUGACGGGUGCUCGGGAGAAUGCAUAAACCAGAUUGUAGCACGCGCAGUCCCAGAGUACUACUACCCGUUGGAGGUGCUCAUUCAGAAGAACGACGCCGCAGAGCACAUGUUCAUCGUCUGCUCCGGCAUCGUCCAGGAAGAUUCCUGCGUGCACGGCGAGGGGACGGAUGACGAGCACCGGGCGACCCUCACGGCCGGCAAUGUGAGUUCCACGGACGUGCUGGGGCCUGCUGGGGUCAUGUGUGGGGAGGUGGCGCUGCUGUGCAACAUACUGCAGCCCUUCACAGUCACGGCCAAGGAGCUCACCCAGGUACUGCGCAUCGACCGCCAGUCCCUCUCUAUAGUCACAUCGCUCUUCAUUGUGGAUGGUCGUCGCAUGGUGGACAACUUGCUGCAGCGGUCGGAGGAGGCGGGCAGCAAGUUCACAGGGCUGGCAGCAGAGAUAGAGGCGCUGGUGGCGGCGCAGGAGGCGGAUCUGACAGUGAGCACCAUCUAUGCCGCGUGGACCGGUGACAUGCCCCAGCUGCAGCAGCUGCUGGCUGCCGGGGCCAAGGCGGACAGAGCUGACUACGACGGCCGCACGCCCCUGCACCUGGCAGCAGCGGGGGGUCACAACGACUUGGUGCGGCUGCUGCUGCUGGAGGGCGCGCAUGUGAACGCGGUGGACAACUUUGGCACCACGCCGCUGCUGGAAGCACUCAGGGCCGGCCACGAUGAGACCGCUGCUAUCCUCGCCAGUAAAGGCGGGACUGUGGGGCUGCAGGUGAACGCGGUGGACAACUUCGGCACCACGCCGCUGCUCGAGGCUCUGCGGGCGGGGCAUGAUGAGACUGCCGCCAUCCUUGCCAGUAAAGGGGGCACUGUGGGGUUGCAGGUGCGUGCUUGGGUUGACCUCCAAUUGAGCUCUGGAUGUGCCAUGGUAAGGGCUGGCCAUGAUGAGACCGCUGCUAUUCUCGCCAGCAAGGGGGGCACCGUGGGGCUGCAGGAGGCAGGACCUGUCCUCUGUGCGGCGGUGGCAGCUGCGGAUACAGACCUGCUGCAGCGCCUGCUGUCGCACGGGGUGCAUCCCAAUGCGAGUGACUACGACCAGCGCUCCCCGCUGCACAUCGCUGCCAUCAAGAGCCACCUGCAUGUUGAGGGCCGCCCAUGCACCCAUCCGCCCAUGCGUCUCUCUCCUGCCCCUCCUCCUCUCUCCCUCUCUCCUCUCUUUCCCUCCCCCUCAUCUCACCCACCCACAGGAGGCUGGACCUGUCCUGUGUGCAGCGGUAGCAGCAGCGGACACAGAGUUACUGCAGCGUCUGCUGUCGCACGGGGGCAGGGCUGCAUGUGCAAGGCAGGGCUGCAUGUGCAAGGCAGGGCUGCAUGUGCAAGGCAGGGCUGCAUGUGCAAGGCAGGGCUGCAUGUGCAAGGCAGGGCUGCAUGUGCAAGGCAGGGCUGCAUGUGCAAGGCAGGGCAGGGCUGCAUGUGCAAGGCAGGGCUGCAUGUGCAAGGCAGGGCUGGGCUGCAUGUGCAAGGCAGGGCUGCAUGUGCAAGGCAGGGCUGCAUGUGCAAGGCAGGGCUGCAUGUGCAAGGCAGGGCUGCAUGUGCAAGGCAGGGCUGCAUGUGCAAGGCAGGGCUGCAUGUGCAAGGCAGGGCUGCAUGUGCAAGGCAGGGCUGCAUGUGCAAGGCAGGGCUGCAUGUGCAAGGCAGGGCUGCAUGUGCAAGGCAGGGCUGCAUGUGCAAGGCAGGGCUGCAUGUGCAAGGCAGGGCUGCAUGUGCAAGGCAGGGCUGCGUGUGCAAGGCAGGGCUGCAUGUGCAAGGCAGGGCUGCAUGUGCAAGGCAGGGCUGCAUGUGCAAGGCAGGGCUGCAUGUGCAAGGCAGGGCUGCGUGUGCAAGGCAGGGCAGGGCUGCAUGUGCAAGGCAGGGCUGCAUGUGCAAGGCAGGGCUGGGCUGCAUGUGCAAGGCAGGGCUGCAUGUGCAAGGCAGGGCUGGGCUGCAUGUGCAAGGCAGGGCUGCAUGUGCAAGGCAGGGCUGCAUGUGCAAGGCAGGGCUGGGCUGCAUGUGCAAGGCAGGGCUGCAUGUGCAAGGCAGGGCUGCAUGUGCAAGGCAGGGCUGCAUGUGCAAGGCAGGGCAGCAUGUGCAAGGCAGGGCUGCAUGUGCAAGGCAGGGCUGCAUGUGCAAGGCAGGGCUGCAUGUGCAAGGCAGGGCUGCAUGUGCAAGGCAGGGCUGCAUGUGCAAGGCAGGGCUGCAUGUGCAAGGCAGGGCUGCAUGUGCAAGGCAGGGCUGCAUGUGCAAGGCAGGGUUGCAUGUGCAAGGCAGGGCUGCAUGUGCAAGGCAGGGCUGCAUGUGCAAGGCAGGGCUGCAUGUGCAAGGCAGGGCUGCAUGUGCAAGGCAGGGCUGCAUGUGCAAGGCAGGGCUGCAUGUGCAAGGCAGGGCAGGGCUGCAUGUGCAAGGCAGGGCUGCAUGUGCAAGGCAGGGCUGCAUGUGCAAGGCAGGGCUGCAUGUGCAAGGCAGGGCUGCAUGUGCAAGGCAGGGCUGCAUGUGCAAGGCAGGGCUGCAUGUGCAAGGCAGGGCUGCAUGUGCAAGGCAGGGCUGCAUGUGCAAGGCAGGGCUGCAUGUGCAAGGCAGGGCUGCAUGUGCAAGGCAGGGCUGCAUGUGCAAGGCAGGGCUGCAUGUGCAAGGCAGGGCUGCAUGUGCAAGGCAGGGCUGCAUGUGCAAGGCAGGGCAGGGCUGCAUGUGCAAGGCAGGGCUGCAUGUGCAAGGCAGGGCUGCAUGUGCAAGGCAGGGCUGCAUGUGCAAGGCAGGGCUGCAUGUGCAAGGCAGGGCUGCAUGUGCAAGGCAGGGCUGCAUGUGCAAGGCAGGGCUGCAUGUGCAAGGCAAGGCAGGGCUGCAUGUGCAAGGCAGGGCUGCAUGUGCAAGGCAGGGCUGCAUGUGCAGGGCAGGGCUGCAUGUGCAAGGCAGGGCAGGGCUGCAUGUGCAAGGCAGGGCUGCAUGUGCAGGGCAGGGCUGCAUGUGCAAGGCAGGGCAGGGCUGCAUGUGCAGGGCAGGGCUGCAUGUGCAAGGCAGGGCAGGGCUGCAUGUGCAAGGCAGGGCAGGGCUGCAUGUGCAAGGCAGGGCAGGGCUGCAUGUGCAAGGCAGGGCAGGGCUGCAUGUGCAAGGCAGGGCAGGGCUGCAUGUGCAAGGCAGGGCAGGGCUGCAUGUGCAAGGCAGGGCAGGGCUGCAUGUGCAAGGCAGGGCAGGGCUGCAUGUGCAAGGCAGGGCUGCAUGUGCAAGGCAGGGCAGGGCUGCAUGUGCAAGGCAGGGCUGCAUGUGCAAGGCAGGGCUGCAUGUGCAAGGCAGGGCUGCAUGUGCAAGGCAGGGCUGCAUGUGCAAGGCAGGGCUGCAUGUGCAAGGCAGGGCUGCAUGUGCAAGGCAGGGCUGCAUGUGCAAGGCAAGGCAGGGCUGCAUGUGCAAGGCAGGGCUGCAUGUGCAAGGCAGGGCUGCAUGUGCAGGGCAGGGCUGCAUGUGCAAGGCAGGGCAGGGCUGCAUGUGCAAGGCAGGGCUGCAUGUGCAGGGCAGGGCUGCAUGUGCAAGGCAGGGCAGGGCUGCAUGUGCAGGGCAGGGCUGCAUGUGCAAGGCAGGGCAGGGCUGCAUGUGCAAGGCAGGGCAGGGCUGCAUGUGCAAGGCAGGGCAGGGCUGCAUGUGCAAGGCAGGGCAGGGCUGCAUGUGCAAGGCAGGGCAGGGCUGCAUGUGCAAGGCAGGGCAGGGCUGCAUGUGCAAGGCAGGGCAGGGCUGCAUGUGCAAGGCAGGGCUGCAUGUGCAAGGCAGGGCAGGGCUGCAUGUGCAAGGCAGGGCUGCAUGUGCAAGGCAGGGCUGCAUGUGCAAGGCAGGGCUGCAUGUGCAAGGCAGGGCAGGGCUGCAUGUGCAAGGCAGGGCAGGGCUGCGGGCCAGCCUGCUCUCUCCAUGCCUCCCCAUCCCUUGCCAUGCUUUUCCCUCUUCUUCAUGUUUCUCCAUGUCUCUGCUUAUCCCUCCAUGUCUCUCCAUGUCUCUGCUUAUCCCUCCAUGUCUCUCCAUGUCUCUCCUUAUCCCUCCAUGUCUCUCCAUGUCUCCCCUGCAUGACCACUCCUUCCCAUUUUUCCCUUGCUGCCUCUCCUUUGUCCUGAACCAACCUCCUGGCAGGGAGGUGGGUGCAAGAGAGGCGGCUGGGGGAUUGGAUGAUGGGGGGGAGAAGGGUGAUGGGGUAGAGGUUGGGAGCAAGCAGCAUACGGUGCAGGAGCAAGGAGAGGACAGGGGGGAGAAGGAGCAAAGACGGGACGGGGAGGAGCAUAAGGAGCGUGGAGAGGAGGGUGGCAAGCACGGCACAUGA